AUGGCUAUCAUACAUUUUAACGUUCUUUAUUUUUUUCUUUAUUUGUUUAUUUAUUUUAUUUACUUGUUCCUUUCUCUUCUUUCAUUCUUAAUUUAUUUUGUUUAUUUUUUUCUUUCUUUCAUUAUUUCUUUCCAAUCUCACAUUCCUCAAUUCUUUUUCUUUUUUAUGGGGUUUUUUUUCUUUUUUCUUUUCAUUCAUUCUAUAAGGCUUUCUUUCAUUUUUAUCCAUAUAUUUUGCUAUAUGCUAGUUUGUUUCUUUCUUUCUACUCCUAUAUUUUGUCAAGUUUUCUUUCUUUCUUACUUUCUUUCUACUUUUACAUUUUAUCGUUUCUUUCUUUCUUUCUUUCUUUCUUUCUUUUUUCUUUCUUUCUUUCUACUCCUAUAUUUUGUCAAGUUUUUUUUUUCUUACUUUCUUUCUACUUUUACAUUUUAUCGUUUCUUUCUUUCUUUCUUUCUUUCUUUCUUUCUUUUUUCUUUCUUUCUUUCUACUCCUAUAUUUUUCAGUUUAUGCCUCAGUCGAUUUGAUUGUAACUUUCUUUUUUUUUUCUUCCACUCUUUCAUUCUGUAUUCCUUUUGUCAGGUGUUAUUUAUUCUGUUCAGUUUUGUCAUAAUCUAUUCUUCCCCCUUGGAUCUUAAUUUCUCACGAUUUGUUCAGAAUUAUUGUUUCUGUUUUUCUUCUUUUAUUCUCUGGUUACUUUAUCACAUUCUUUUCUCAUUUUUUUAUUUUUUUAAAUAUUUAAUUUUGUCUUUGUCUUUUUUUCUCAUUCUAAUUGCAACAAUUUUUUAUAAAUUAAGAAAGAUUAAACGAUUUGAAUCAUUUUCUUUAUUUUUCUUUCUUUCUUUCUUUUUUUCUUUCGACCUUUUUUCUUUCGUUUUUUCCUACGUUUUGAUCACUUUUUUCAUUCUAUCUUUCUUUCUUUCUUUCUUUUUUCUUACUUUCUUUCUUUCGGCCUUUUUUUCUUUCCUACGCUUUUAUAACUUUUUCUUUCGUUCUUUCUUUCUUUUUUUCUUUCUUUCGGUCUUUUUUCUUUCGCUGUUUCCUACUCUUUGUCUUCUUUUUCACAUUCUAAUUGCAACAUUUUUUCUUUAUAAAUUAAGAAACAUUAAACGAUUUAAUUCUCUCUCUCUUUCUUUCUUUCUUUCUUUCUUUCUUUCUUUCUUUCUUUCUUUCUUAACGUCCGCCAUUAUUUUAUAUAUUUAUCGUCCUAUAUUCAUUUUCCGCGAAACCAUUCCUUCCAUCUUACAUUCACUUUCCCCUUCGUUUGCGCUGUUAAAUAGUAAAACAUCUAUCUAUCUAUCUAUCUAUCUAUCUAUCUAUCUAUCUGUCUGUCUAUCUAUCUAUCUAUCUAUUUUCCCAAAGCUAAUAUUCCAGUUUCAUCAUAUCUAUUAUCUAUCUAUCUAUCUAUCUAUCUAUCUAUCUAUCUAUCUAUCUAUCUCAGAUCUAUCUAUCUAUCUAUCUAUCUAUCUAUCUAUCUAUCUAUCUAUCCCAGUCUGUUCAUAUCUCUCUCUCUCUCUCUCUCUCUCUCUCUCUCUCUCUAUCUCUAUCUAUCUAUCUAUAUAUAUAUAUGAAUUCAAAUCCAAAUCGAGGUCCUUUUCACUCCUGUUGGCGGAAACCAUAACUAAUUUACCAUAUCUAUCUAUCUAUCUAUCUAUCUAUCUAUCUAUCUUAUUCCGAAUUAAUCUAUCUAUCUAUCUAUCUAUCUAUCUAUCUAUCUAUCUAUCUCAUUCUGUUCAUAUCUAUCUGUCUGUCUGCCAUCUCUCUCUCUAUCUAUCUAUCUAUCUAUAUAUAUAUAUAUAUAUAUACAGUGGCUAUGCAAUGUUUAUGUUAAUCUUUUCAUAUCUAUCUAUCUAUCUAUCUAUCUAUCUAUCUAUCUAUCUUCAAGGCUAUGAAAUGUUUAUGUUAAUCUAUCUAUCUAUCUAUCUAUCUAUCUAUCUAUCUAUCUAUCUAUUCCCAUCUAUUUUUCUCAUUCUCUUCAUAUCUGUCUGUCUGUCUAUCAUCUCUCUCUCUCUCUCUCUCUCUCUCUCUCUAUCUAUCUAUCUAUCUAUCUAUCUAUCUAUCUAUAUAUAUAUAUAUACAGAGGCUAUGCAAGGUUUAUGUUAA